AUGGCUUCCUUAGUAGAGUUAUCGGACAAUGAAUAUGAUGAAGUGGUGGUUGAUGAUGGACCUAUUAAUGAUGAUGGUGUCGAAGAACCCGAGGUUGAUGAUAGUGUUGAAGAACCCGAGGUUGAUGAUGGUGUUGAAGAACCCAAGGUUGGAAUGACAUUUUCUAGUGAGGAAGAAGUCUGGUCUUACUAUAUUAAGUAUGCUAAGCAGAAAGGGUUCAGGGUGAGUAGAAGGAAUUCUAGACAAAGCGAUGAUGGGAGCUCCGAUAGUGAUGAUGUUGAGAUGAUGCCGAGUCACACAUGUGUAGAAGGUAAAGAUGUCGAUGAUGCCCAUAUAGAAGAUGUUGUGAAUGUGGAAGAUGAAGUUCGUGUGGAUGUUGAUGUGAAUGUGGAAGAUGGAGGCCGUGUGGAUGAUGGAGUGAAUUUGAUUUCUUCUUCAAGUAGUGGUUUAUUGGAGCCAUUCAUCGGUAUGGAAUUUGAUGACGUAGAAGAUGCCCAAGCAUUUUAUAAAGCGUAUGUAAGAAGAAAUGGUUUUGCCAUUCGUACCAAUCAUACCCGAUUGUCGAAAGAGGAGAAAAAACUUAUUGCAGUAGACUAUGUUUGCUCAAGAGAAGGAUUUCGACGGGAAAGGAGCAAACAUGUAGAAAGAACAAUUCUGGAAACUGCAGAAACAAAGAUUGGAUGUAAAGCAAUAAUGGGGAUAAAAAAAGAGAGUGAAAAGUGGAUAGUUGAUGAGAAUGGGUGUAUGGGAAGUUGUUUUUGGGCAGAUGCGAGAUCAAGGGCGGCGUACCAAUAUUUUGGGGAUGUUGUCACAUUCGAUGUUACAUAUUUGACAAAUUUGUAUAAGAUGCCAUUUGUGCCAUUUUCUGGAGUUAACCAUCAUCACCAAACCAUCAUGUUUGGUUGUGCUUUGUUAGUAAACGAAACAGCUGAAUCCUAUGUUUGGUUAUUGAGAACAUGGCAAGAGGCAAUGCUUGGGCGUGCCCCUUCAACCAUAAUUACUGAUGAUGACAAAGCUAUGGCGAAAGCCAUUGUAGAGGUACUCCCAAAUACAACUCAUAGGUUGUGCUUGUGGCAUAUUUUACAAAAAUUUUCUGAACACUUGGCUCAUGUGUAUAAUAGAUUUCCAGAGUUUGGUAAAGAUUUCCGUCAUUGUAUUCAUGAAACAAUUACAAUUAAGGAAUUUGAACAGGCAUGGAGUUUUAUAUUAGUGAAGUAUGCAUUAGGAGAUAAUGCUUGGCUGCAAGGUCUUUAUAACCGACGUGAGAAGUGGGUUUCGGCUUACUUGCAUUCAACAUUUUGUGCAGGCAUGUCAACAACUCAAAGGAGUGAAAGCAUGAACAAGUUUUUUAAGGAUUAUGUUCGUUCAAGCACGAUGGUGAGUGACUUUGUGUAUCAAUAUGAGAAAGCAUUAGAUGCACGUUACUUUAAAGAAAAAGAAAAGGAUGUGCGAACAAAAUCUACACGGGCAAUAUUGAAAACGGGUUACAAAAUUGAAGAAGAGGCCACCAUAGUUUACACAAGGAAAUCUUUUAUGGUAUUUCAAGAGGAACUUUUCAAUAGCCAACAAUACAAGUCAACCAAAUGUCGAAGUGAUUGUGAAAGCAAGACAUAUGGGGUGACACUUCAGGGUAAGGAAACCCCUAUCUAUUAUGUGACAUUGGAGAGUGGUCAAGAAAAUGCGACAUGUACAUGCCAUAUGUUUGAGUUUGUGGGAAUUCUCUGGCAUGUAAUGGCACCAGAUAAUCCAGCAAUGAUAAAAAGCAAGCUGAUAAUGCAAUUUUACGACGUUGCAGAACUUGCCUCCAAGUCACCAAGAAAACUCAACCACCUCUCCCUUGCCUUAGAGAAGGUCACAAAAGAGUUAGAGUUGAUGGACCUGGUCCAUGUCGAUAUUGAAGAGGCAACAGGUCUAGGUGGAGGAGAGUCAAUUAAUUCUAAAAAUGUUGUAAGAAGUCAAAUAGUCAGCAAUUUUUCACAGACGCUACAGGACCCUCCACGGGUGCCAACCAAAGGGCGCCCACCAAAGGGCGCCCAAAAUCUGGAUAUUGCACAUACACCUGAGGUCUGUUGUGAUGUGCUUGUGGAAAAAGCAAGGAUGAAGAUUUUGUGGAUAACCUUCGCUACAGAUUCUAUUCAGUGGUUGGCUUGA